CACAUCCCGACGAGCAUUUCGGCUACUGCAAUAGCAGCGGGAAGUUGAUUUGACUCUGUUUCCAUCAUGGAGAGUAGAAUGUUUCCUGCGAUGCCACCGUCUGCAGGUCGUGAGUUCGCUGGCAGUGAAAAAGAGCAAGGGCUGGAAGUACGAACAGUUAACCGACAGAGCCCCAGUAACCGUGUAAGGGAGGUCCAGGUCACGGGAACAGCGGAGGUUUGUUGCCUGGCGGACCGAGUGUCAGUUCGGGUCAGCGUGGCCAACAGCAAAGAGUCAGUCAACGAGGUCACCAACCGCGUUUCACGGCGACUCGAAUACAUUUUACAGACUCUGAGACACCAUGGCAUCAGUGACAAAGACAUCUCAGUGAGGAGGUUUCUUCACCGAGAGGCAGAACUAUAUCACAUGGAUGCAGAGGUCGUGGUAACUUUUUCAAAUUUUGAGAAGAUGGAACAAGUGUGUAGUGUCCUGCUGGAAAAACUGGACAAGAGUGUCUGUGUGGGAACACCCCAGUUUUACCACAGUGCAGGAUGCCUGAGUCAAUUGAGGAGGCAAGUGUGUGUAUUUGCAGUUGAAAAUGCUCAGCAGAAGGCCAGCGGAGUCAGUCAGCUCCUUGGACAAAGUCUGGGACCCCCCUUACUGAUCAGAGAGGAGGAGACAAAGGAGUGGAGGAAUGAGGAGGAGGAGUAUGGUAGCAGAGGGCAGGGCGCUGCACCCCUAUCUCACCUUCCCCGUACACCCAUAGUCACUGCCUCCUCACGGGUGUCUGUCUCCUUCAGCCUCAGAGACAGAGACAGGAAAAAACUCUAAGGACAUUUGUCACUGACUCAUGAAACCAAAGAGGUGAUUGUCACAGUGAACAUUUUAUUGCAUAGUUGGGGCUGAU